AAAGCAGAUUAUGAAGCAGUCUUCAUCUGUAGCAGCCUCAUCUGGUCGUCUCCAUGGCUAAACACAAGCUCUUUUUGUUUUUCACAUUACUGUUUUUCCUUUUUCUUCAACUCUCAUUAUCCUAUGAUCAAGUGCCUGCUAUUGUGGAGAACAGCUCAGAUGCACCCCCAUUCCAGGCCCUCAGAGUUAGAAAUGAAGCGGUGGCCAUUCGGAGCCACAGUGCCUCGCUGGGAGGAAGCGAUCUACCUGGAGCAGAAAACCCGCUCAGGAGAGUUCUGCAGCCGUACGGCUGGCAGUUGCACUCCCCGCCCCGGACCAAACGGAAGCUGCUCCAAUCCUCCGCCUCUCUCCCGCACUCGCCCCUGAACGUGGCUUACAACGGGAAGACGUGCAUCCUCUUCCGGGCCAAGAAGCUGGCCAUCAGGUACAAGAACCACACCUUCGUGGACCUCACGGAGAAGGCGUUUGGCCCCAACUCCCCCGUGGACACCAAGGGCUCGGCCUGCAGCAAAGACAAAGCCACGCUCUCUCUCCGGUUUGGGGAUGUAGAAGAUCUGAGUCGCCUCUCCAUAAGGCUACAGAUGUCGAACACAUUUUACGAGUCGGCGGGCCAGAACUGGUUCACCCUGGACAGCGUCCACAUCCACUACAACUGGACCCACGAGGCUAUUUUCAAUGCCACGGAGGUUUACGCCCCGUCCACCUACUCCUACCACUGCCAGCACGUGAGCAGCCUUCAGAAAUACGACACCCUGCUCGUGCCCAGCUCCCAUAGUGACAGCUCCGCAAACUGGCACAUCACGUUCACCGACUUCCAGAUCCAGGCCUUCAACGUGCAGUCCAACAAGUUUGCCUCGGCGAGCGACUGUGCCACCUUCUUCACCCCCGCCAUCCUCAUGGGCCUCAUCACCUCCCUCAUCCUGCUGCUGGUGCUGGCCUACGCGCUGCACAUGGUGGUGCACCUCAAGCACAUCGACCGCUACGAAGAGCACAAGACCACCGUGUACUUCCCGCGCAGCCCCGAGCCCGAAUGCACGGACAAGAACAGUUUGUAGAGACCCCCCCGAGGUCACCCCGC